AUUUGGGGAGAUAACAAUUCUUACAUAAAUAUGGAAUUUAAGACUAACUGGUUUAUGGUACCUUUGAUAUUCUUUGCAUUAAGAAUAGCUUCAGUAUUUCUAGUCCAAACCUUUUACGAGGCAGAUGAGUAUUGGCAGUCCCUAGAAGUUGCACAUAAAUUCACAUUUGGUUAUGGUUACUUGACGUGGGAAUGGGAAAAAGGCAUAAGGAGCUAUGUCUAUCCUAUAUUUUUCACCAUACUAUACAAAAUACUUGCUAUAAUAAAGUUAGACAUUCCUACUUUACUUGUUCUGCUACCUAGAGUAUUACAAGCCUCUUUGAGUGCUUAUUCCGAUAUAUGUUUCUACGAAUGGACAGGAAGGAGAAAAUGGGCAAUUUUCUGUUUGGCUACUUCGUGGUUUUCAUUUUAUAUGGGUUCAAGAACUUUAAUCAACUCUUUUGAAACAGCUAUUUCUACAAUUGCAUUGUCUUUAUUUCCAUGGCCAGGAAUGGUUAAAGAAGAAAAAUUAAACUUUCUUUGGUUGGUAGGAUUCAUCUGUAUCGUGAGACCAACUUCUGCAAUUAUGUGGCUACCAUUAUGUCUUUAUCAUUUACUUAUUACAAAGCAUAGUUGGUCAUUUCUGAUACUCACUAAGUAUUUACCAAUUGGAAUAUUGUUGUUGAUAGCAUCAACUUUGAUAGAUUCAUUAGCUCAUGGAUCAUUCAUAAUUACCUUUUAUGAAUUUUUUAAAUUUAAUAUAAUUAAAAAUGUGGCAAUAUCCUAUGGUACCCUACCUUGGUAUUGGUAUAUGUCAUUUGGAUUACCAGCUAUUCUAGGAGUUCAUCUUAUGCCUUUUAUAAUUGCUUCUUUAAUGGUAUUGAAAAACAGAAAAGUCCAUCAGAAUGAAUUGAUUUUAUUGGGGACAGUUGUAUUCAGUAUUGGUGUUUUCAGUUAUUUACCUCACAAAGAAUUCAGAUUUUUGAUGCCAUUGCUACCAAUCAUGUUGUUUAUCACGUCUAGGUAUCUAGCAGUUUGGAGUAGAAAAGUUAAAACCUUGCAUAUUUUGGCUGUUGCUCUUAUAUUAUUCAUUGGUAAUAUAGUCCCAGCAUAUUAUUUGGGAAUGAUUCAUCAAAGAGGAACAUUGGACAUAAUGCCACAUUUAAGAGAAAUUGCCCAAAAAAAUCCUGAAAAUACUAGUUUUUUAUUCCUGAUGCCAUGUCAUUCCACACCAAUGUAUAGCCAUUUACAUGUCAAUGUAACUACCAGAUUUUUAACAUGUAAUCCAAACUUUGAAAAUGUUAAAGUUAAAGAAGAUGAGGUGACAAUGUUCUACAAGUCUCCCAACAAAUGGCUCCGAAAACAUUACCCCCCAAAUGGAACACUUCCUAGUCAUAUUAUUACAUUCAAUAGUUUAGUACCAAGCAUUACUGAUAUUUUAAGCAGGUACAAAACUGUUGUAGAUAUAUUUCACACUGAUGUGCCCCUUUCUAGUAAAUUUGGUACACGUAUUCUAGUCCACGAACUACAGUUCUGAUUGUGAUCAUUGAUGAAAAUAAAAGUUUCACCAGCAAAAACUAGAUUAGUUGGAAAUGUAAUGGAAGGAUACCUUUUCAUGGUUCACCCUUUUUCUGAUAAUUAAUGUUGUAUUAUUAUUUAUAUAAGACACAAUGCUUGUAGAAUAAAAUGCAAAAAUAAUUAAA